AUGGACGAUACAUGUAAACCAUUAUGUCUUCUAGCUUUGGAUGGUGGGGGUAUCCGUGGCCUCUCUGAGCUCCUGAUUCUUGAGGAGAUAAUGAACAGGAUCAAAUAUGACUUGAAUUUAGUCGACGACCCUCUACCCGCCGACUUCUUUGACCUUAUAGGCGGGACAUCUACUAGAGGUUUGAUUGCCCUCCUCCUAGGACGCCUACGUUUACAUAAGCUCGAAGAAGUGGUAAAAUCGCUCCUUCGGGACCGCCUCGGGGAGAGUCACGCCGAGGAAAGACUACUCGACCCUUCGACCACCCCUGUAAAACGUUUGUUUACGCUGUGCUAUAAAAAGACGUUUGAGCCCACAGGGGCCCUAGGCUAUUCUGAACUUACGAGCGACGAGGGAGAGAAGGAGGAGUUUAUAGAUAGCGGUCUUAGGAAUAAUAACCCUAUUAAGUAG